GUCAUGUGGUGCCGUGUUGGUUUGAUGUUUUUGUGAGUUUUUGAGUGGCAAAGAAAUGUUGUUAAACUGAUAAAAUGGACGUGACGCGUGAAGAUGAGUUGUUGUUGCAGAAGCUGAAAAGUUUUUGUGAAAUCAACGAACAGUUUUGCAUUGCUUUUAAGCAUACGGAAAAGAAUACUAAUUUAAAUCGACGCCAGAAAAAUGAUCUACAUUUACAUUACAUAGCUCAACAUAUUAUAACACUUCCAACUUAUUUUCAAAGUGUAGUUACCCAUUUUUCCGAAUUUCUUCCUAAAAUCGUGUCUGUUGCAAUUGGUUAUGAUAAGGGUGUUAAAAAUAUUGGACACCAUAAGGUUAAUUGCGUGUUGUUGGGAAGGAUUAUCAGAGUUAGAAAUGAUUUGCAUUGGUAUGCAACAAAGUAUUUUGAGUCAAGUCCUUCACCAUUUGUGGAUGAGGCUCAUCCUGUUUCAAAGAAGAGCAAAAUGUCUCAAAAUAUACCAAUUUCUGAGUUAGAUUUAGUUGAAUCUUGUUACGCUUUAUUACGAAGUAAUCCUCAAUUUUAUGUAAAAAAGUGGAAUUGGUCUGAAUUUACCACCAAAUAUUUGGAUCAUGAAAUUCCAGAAAUACAAUGGAUUGCGUGUCACUGUGUUUCUGUUGUUACCCACAUGAGCGAAAAUCAGCUCAAAGAUUUGAUUUUAUCAAAAUUAUCACCUGAGACUCACGAGAAAUUUCUUUGCACUUACAAUAAUUUACUUACUUUGAGUAAACUAGAGUCAGUAAGUUUGGGUUUAGACCAACACCCUGUUGUCAGUAUUGGUGCUAAAGAAAUAGAAGAAGUCGUGGAAAUUUCUGGUGUCUACAUUCCAAAAUUUAAAUCAUCAAUAACCCCUCAUCAAAAUUUAGUUAUGGUUAAUUCAACUAGUAAUAAUUUGAGAAAAGUUGCAUUUGGUUUAUCUUCAAAGAAAGCCAUUUGUUUACAAGGCCCGGUUGGGUCUGGCAAAACUAGUUUAGUCGAAUAUAUAGCGGAUAAAACUGGCAGAAAACUGGGAGAAAAUUUUAUUAAAGUUCAGUUAGGUGAUCAAACUGAUAGUAAAAUGCUAUUGGGGACGUAUAGAUGUACUGAUAUCCCUGGGGAGUUUGUAUGGCAGCCGGGAGUUGUUACACAGGCGGUGAUUGAAGGAAAUUGGGUAUUACUCGAAGACAUUGAUUCAGCAAGUAUGGAUAUAGCCUCAGUUUUGUCAAGUUUGCUGGAAAAUGGGAGUCUCACGGUUCCAGGUUAUCGCGAUUCUUUGCCGAUAACGCCGGGAUUUCAGCUAUUUUUCACUCAAAGACUAAUGUCUACAAUAACCGGCCACCACAAAAAACUUUCAAACGCAAUGACUUUACUUGAGAAACACUUACUUCAAAUAAAUAUUGAUCCGUUGACUUCGGCCGAACUUAAAGACAUUCUAGUAUCACAACACCCACAAUUUGCCACGGUUGCAGACCGAAUGAUAAAAGUUUUUAAUUUAUUCACGAAAAACACUGACUUACCUAAAACAAGUCGCUUGAUUUCGACUCGUGAUUUCUUCAAAUGGUGCUCAAGAGCCGCCAUCGACUUUGAUAUAAGUAGUCAAAACAGUGCUUUAAAAGUGUUGCAAGAUGCCAUUGAUGUGUUCUGUUGCUCGUUUUCCAAAACAGAAGAAGCCCUGAAUUUGGCGAGAGAAAUUAGUACUCAUUUAGGGAUUAUCAAUCAGAAAGCUGAGUUUUUCUUCAAAAGUUACAAACCGGUAAUGAAGUUAACUGCAAGUAAUUUGGAAGUCGGGCGUGGUAUUAUUGCACGAGACAACGAUGUUUUGUCUUUGCGACAAUCUUAUUAUUUCACUCGCCCUGCGACUGUUCUUCUAGAACGUGUAUUGUGCUGUGUUAAUCUGCAAGAACCGAUACUUCUCGUCGGUGAAACCGGAACCGGGAAAACGUCAACGGUUCAAUAUUUGGCGAACGCAAUCGGCCAAAAACUUGUCGUUAUUAACAUGAACCAACAGUCGGAUUCUGCUGAUUUACUCGGGGGUUACAAACCGGUCGAUUUGAAGUUUGUGAUUUCCCCAAUUCGUAAGGAAUUCGAGUUAGUGUUUUCCGAGUAUUUUCAAGUCGAGCCAAACCGGACUUUUAUCGGCCACAUCGCUCGUUGUUACAAUGAGCAAAGAUGGUCAGAUCUCGUUAAAUUAAUGACAAAAAGUUACGAUGCUGCAAUUUCGCGUCUGAGCCAGCCGUCGGCCCCCAAGCAACACCUUUUUCCGAGGUGGCAAUCCAUCGGUGAAAAGUUACACAAACUAAGUUUGCAACUGAAACAGAAAAGCGCUCUGGCUUUCGCUUUCAUCGAGGGCAGUUUGGUGAAAGCUGUCGAAGAAGGUCAUUGGGUUCUGCUGGAUGAAAUUAAUUUAGCUAAUGCGGAGACUUUGGAAUGUUUGUCGGGGCUUUUGGAGGGCUCGCGAGGGUCGCUGUGUUUGCUAGAAAGGGGUGAUAAAGAGCCGGUGAGGAGACACCCGAAUUUCACGCUAUUUGCGUGUAUGAACCCCUCGACGGACGUGGGGAAGAAGGACCUUCCGGCGGGGCUGCGGAACCGCUUUACUGAGUUUUACGUCGAUGAGUUGACCGAAAAAAAUGAUUUGCUUUUACUGGUUGGGAGCUAUUUGGACGCUUUGUCUUUGAAGGAGGGCGAGCUGGAGAAAAUCGUUGAUUUUUAUUUGAGAGUUCGGAAGGAGACUGAGAUUAGUUUGACGGAUGGGUUGGGGCACAAACCGCAUUUCUCACUGAGGUCGCUGUGUCGGGCAUUGAUGAUUACAGCGAGGAACCCGUGUGGAAUGGUCAAGAAGAGUCUUUAUGAGGCUUUUUGUUUGAGUUUUUUGACACAGUUGGAUUCUCAGUCGUAUGGUAUUGUUGAAAAUCUGAUUGCGAAAUAUUUAGUAGGUGAUGAUAAGGCUUUGAAGUCAGUUUUAAAACAACCAAUUCCUACACCUAAAACCAAUUCUGAUGAUUAUAUUCAAUUCGAGGGUUACUGGGUUCGAAAGGGGAAUUUAGAAUGUGUGGUUCCUGAUGAUUAUAUUUUGACCGAUUCGGUGCGAAAAAAUCUUAAGGAUUUAGUAAGAAUUGUGUCGAUUGGAGGAUUGCCAGUUUUACUCCAGGGCGACACUUCUGUCGGAAAAACCAGUCUGAUAGCCUACUUGGCCAAAUCAAGCGGAAACAAAUGCGUCCGAAUCAACAACCACGAACACACCGAUCUGCAAGAAUACAUCGGCUCAUACGUCGCCGACUGUGAAGGCAAACUAGUCUUCCGUGAAGGCCUUCUAGUCGAAGCAAUGCGUAAAGGCCAUUGGAUCAUCCUCGACGAGCUAAACCUGGCACCUAGUGACGUCCUCGAAGCCUUGAACCGCGUCCUUGACGACAAUCGCGAAUUAUUCAUUCCAGAGACACAAGAAACCGUCAAAGCCGACCCGAAUUUUAUGCUUUUUGCAACACAAAAUCCUCCAGGUUCGUAUGGAGGACGCAAAAUGCUAUCGAGAGCUUUCAGGAAUCGAUUCGUUGAACUACAUUUCAAUGAAAUUCCGCCAAAGGAGUUGGAGUUUAUUUUGCAUAGGAGGUGUCAAAUGGCACCGUCGUAUGCCAAGAAGAUGAUUAAUGUGAUGACGGAUCUACAGACGAGGAGACGAGGUUCUGCUGCGUUUGCGGGAAAACAGGGUUUUAUAACGUUGAGGGAUUUGUUCAGAUGGGGCGAAAGGUAUCGUCUGGCACAAAACACGCAAAAAUUGUAUGAUUGGGACCAACAUUUGGCCGAUGAAGGGUAUCUAGUUCUGGCAGGAAGGGUCAGGAAAAGUGAAGAAAAAAAUGAGAUUAUCACAGUUUUGCAAAAACACUUAAAACGGGAAGUUAAUCCCUACAAUUUAUUUAGUCUGUCGGAAAAAACAUCAAUUGUGACUAAAAGUAUUUUAACGAAAAUUUACGAAAAUCGAGACAAAUAUAGAAAUAUUGUGUGGACUUAUAAUAUGAGACAAUUGGCCGUUUUGGUAGCUAAAGCUUUCCAUUUUAAAGAACCAGUUCUCUUAGUGGGUGAAACCGGUGGUGGUAAAACAACAGUUUGUAAAUUAAUUGCUGAAUUGAAUCAACAAGAAUUAAUUUCGGUUAAUUGUCACAUGCAUACCGAGAGUAGCGAUUUUAUUGGUGGAUUAAGACCGGUCAGGGAUCACAUGGAUGAUGAUGUUAACAAAUUAUUUGAGUGGGUCGAUGGUCCUUUAAUUAAAGCAAUGUUAAAAGGCAACGUUUUCCUCGCCGACGAAAUUUCACUCGCUGAUGAUAGUGUGUUAGAACGUCUUAACUCUCUUUUAGAACCCGAAAGAACCUUACUAAUAGCUGAAAAAGGAGCUGAUAUAAAUAAUCCAAACAACUCGGAAUUAAUUGUUGCUGAUCCUAACUUUUAUUUUAUUGGGACAAUGAAUCCUGGUGGUGAUUUUGGUAAGAAAGAAUUGUCACCAGCUUUGCGAAAUCGGUUUACGGAGAUCUGGUGUGAAUCGUGUACUGAUCGCAAUGAUUUGGUCGCGAUAAUUGAACAAAAUGUCAAGGAGGGAAUUUCUUUUGGGAAUCAACAGGAUGGAUCGAGUGGUAUCGGAAAAAAUGUUAUGGAUUUUGUGGAGUGGUUUCGGAAUACGGAAAUUGGGAAAAGAUGCACAGUCAGUAUUCGCGAUAUUUUAACUUGGGUAAACUUUAUCAACAACUGUGCUGAAAAAAUUGGUGUUUACGAGUCAUACCUUCACGGUUUACAUUUGACAUUUUUGGACGGCUUAGGCUCUGGAAUAACAGGAACCGAAAAUUUAAACAGUUUGAAAAAAUUCAAACGAUCUUGCGAAUUAUACAUUAAAAAACAAUUAAGUUCCUCAAGCCUCCCUGACAUAUCCUCAGCAAACUUACUUAUCGAAGAAUCGGGAAAUUUAUUCGGAAUUAAACCCUUCUACAUCGAAACGGGUAAUGAAACUCGCGAAAACCACUCCUUCUCAUUCAACGCUCCAACAACGACAUAUAACACUUUAAGAUUAUUGAGAGGAAUGCAAUUGAACAAAGCGAUUUUACUGGAAGGCAGUCCCGGAGUAGGCAAAACUAGUCUCGUGACUGCUUUAGCAAAACUAGCCCGUCAUAAAAUUUUCCGGGUGAAUUUAUCCGACCAAACCGACAUUUCUGACUUAUUCGGAGCUGAUUUACCGGUUGAGGGGGGCACAGGGGGGCAGUUUUCAUGGCGUGAUGGCCCUCUUCUCCAGGCCUUGAAACAGGGUCACUGGAUUUUACUCGACGAGUUAAAUUUGGCCUCGCAGUCGGUUUUGGAGGGACUAAACGCCUGUUUGGAUCAUCGGGGCGAGAUUUUUAUUCCCGAGUUGGGCAAAACUUUUUACGUCAAGCCGGGGACGCGUUUUUUCGCCUGUCAAAACCCUCUCAAGCAGGGGGGUAGUCGGCGAGGCUUGCCUCAAUCGUUCCUCAACCGGUUUAUCCAAGUUUAUGUUACUUCACUCACCGAUAAAGAUCUCAAUUUAAUAUUGAGUAACCAAUUCCCGGGGAUUCCUCGUGAAAUAAUCGACAAGAUGUUGAAAUUCAACUCCAGGGUUCACGAUGAGUUAGAUAGCCACAGUUUCGGGAAUAAAGGCUCGCCAUGGGAGUUUAACUUACGCGAUUUGACUCGGUGGUGCGAAGCCAUGAUUUAUCACUUCGAAGUUAACCCAAGUGUCGAUAAGAAAUAUCAACCGGAGAGUUUGGUGCACUUAAUUUACGGUGACCGGAUGAGAACUUUGAGGGAUAAGAGGAAAGUGAGUGAGAUGUUUAAGGAGGUGUUCGGACGCGGAAUUUCCGGUGAUGCUCCUGUUUUGUAUAUAAAUAAUGAAGAAGUCUGGAUAGGGGAUGCGGGAUUGAGGAGGAAUAAAGAUAGGAUCGACGUGAAUGUGAUCAGUGAGGAGAAGAGUUGUUUGGUGCUGAGGUCGCAAUUGCCCGUUUUGAGGAGCUUGGCGUAUUGUGUUAAUCUGAAUUGGAUGAGCUUAUUGGUGGGGAGUUCUGCGGCGGGAAAAAGCACAGUCGUGCGAGUUUUGGCGCACAUCGUGGGAAAAACUCUGAAAACAUUACCGGUAACAUCUGCAAUGGACACGACGGAUAUUUUGGGAGGAUUCGAGCAGACUGAUUACUCCCGGCAUUUAGAGGAGAUCGUGAGGGAAACGGAACAACUUUUGUUAAAAAUCGUGAGGACGAUGCUCGUAAAAGGUCGACCCUGUGUCGAAUUGCUCCGUCUUUGGGAGGGUUACUCCAACGUCGAUGGUGACGUGAAGAUUAAGCACACGAUGGAGGAAGAAACGAAAUUAUUUCUGCGAAAACUUGACGAAUUGGAGAAGAUUUGGACGGUUUUGUGUGGAACAGACGAGUGUCAUGACGAGCAAUCCCUCGAUAAGUUACGCAGUAAAGCUCUAAAAAUGAGGAUGUGUGUGAAAAAUCAGGGCAGUUUGAAUGCCGGUGGUAAAUUCGAAUGGGUAGACUCGGUUUUGAUAAAAUGUUUACAAGAAGGUUCGUGGUUGCUCGUGGAUAACGUUAACUUGUGUAGUGCCGCCGUUUUGGAUCGACUUAAUGCGCUUUUAGAACCGAACGGUGUUUUAACAGUGGGCGAGAGAGGGGUGGAUGAGAAGGGACGAAUGGUUGAAAUUAUCCCUCAUCCCAAUUUUAGGCUGUUUUUAACUAUGGAUCCCAAAAAUGGCGAGAUAUCGAGGGCCAUGAGGAACCGAGGCGUUGAAAUUUACAUGCUCAAUGAGAAAGAAAAUGAAUACCGAAACACUCUCGAUAUAAAAAGCCUAAUAAGCCGCGAGGGAUUGAAAAAUAUUAACCACAUUGAUUCUCUGUUACAUUUGCAUGAUUUUACCAGUGAUUUGAUUUUGGGCGAAAAACCAAAUGUAAACGAAUUAUUACGCGCAUCGGCUCUAAUUUCCCAACAAAUCCAACACGGCACGAAUCAAGUCGACGCAUUCUACAACACGAUGAUGGAAAUUUAUUACAAAACGCGCGCCAACAUGGAGUUCAGUUGCAAUGAUUUCGAUACGGUUAUUAAAACCGAAAUUGGAAAGGUGCUCGCGCUGGAUAAACCGACAAAACAACAAUUUUACGAUGGAGUCACUUUAAAAACGGAUAAAUUUCACGUCGGAGCGGAUUUGGAGAAAAUUAAACAGCAAGCGGCUUCUUUACACCAGAUGCUAGAACAAAAUAAAUUUCACGGAGUUAUUAAUAAUCUGGGGAAAUAUUUACUGAUUCAUUUCUACAGUAUUACCAGCAAACAUGACUUGGAUUUACGCUUUCAGUAUUAUACCAAUUUAAUUGAUAAUAAUCGAAGGGAUUUAUCUGAUGUUUCUCAAAUAAUGUAUAACUUCAUCAAGAGUUUCCCAACAGACUUUAAAGACUUCCCAAUUGACUCACGAUGGAUUCCUGAAACUAAUUACUGGGGGAGAUCUUGUUUUACAAGCAACAAACUAAUCCUUAGUCUGCAUUUUAUUGCAAACUGUAAGAAAGAGCAGUUGGAGUUUGACAAAAAAGAGAAGAAAAAGUCGGGUCAAGUCUCACUUCGUGACUAUAUGACUCGAAGACGGCAAAACACACUUGACGACCAAUUCGAUGAUGUUUUAAUUGACGAAUUUUUAAAUUUAAUUGAAUCAUACGAUAAUUUCCUACUCGGAAUCCUCAAAGAUAAAAUUGAAUUAAGCGACGACGACGUAAUUAAAAUCCUCGAAUUAUUAACCUGGAGGUUUAUUUUUCACCGCUGCACUGUUAUAAAUGUGAGAAAAAUUGACCCAAAUCAACGUUAUCUCACUCUCACAAAUCUCAAAGUACAUUAUCGAUGGUUCCUGAAAUACUCGGUAAACACGGUGAAAUUAAUUUUGAACAAACAAUUGUCGAGCGAACUGGGAGAUGUUUUAGAAAAGAUUAAUAAAAGUCUAGAGAAACAAUUCUCUUUACUUCAUAAAUUUAGCAAGAGAUUUCAGAAAUUUAGUCAUAAACCACCACCGAAAGUCAGUAGUUUAGAAAUUGAUUUAGCUGCAUGUUAUGGAAAUGCUUUAAGGAAAUUUGACAGUUUAAAACACGCAGAUUUGAGGAGCAAAAUUAUCAGUUUGAUGUUAGAUAACGAGAUGGAUCUAGACCGGAAAAUCAACGAAAUCAAAAUGAUUGAAGAUAGUUUUGAAAACACUGAAAUGAGUUUGAACGAAUAUGAAUUGGAUUUGCUCCCUGUACUUGAUUUUUUGGUCAAGUUGCAAUUGAAAAAUAAUUUAUUAUCCUCGACAAGUGUCGAAGAACAAGAAUUUAAGUCGUGUUUGACUCUCCCGAUUGAUUUAGUGGCCAGUUUUUUGCGUUACAAUAGGAGUAAAGACGUCCGAAUUUGUCACAAUUUAUUCCAAUCAUUUUUUUCGUAUUUGUCGAAGUGUGAUUUGGCCGGUUUUUGUCCAGUUUUGACCCAUAAUUUGAGCUCGCUUUUGGUCAGUACUACCAAUUCAGCUAUAACCAAAUUCGGAAAUUUCCGCGAACUGAUGAAACAGCAUCGCCAAUUGAGUCUAAUUUUGUGGCGAAAUUUGCACCAGUUUCACGAAAACGCCUAUGAUUAUUGUUCAAACGAGCGCAAAUUUAUUUGCGAAAGCUUUGAAUCGUUCAUUGGGAUAAUAUCCGAGAGUUUGGGCGUAAAAAGUGACAGUUUUAUUCAAUUAGUGGAUGUUUGUUUGAAGGAAUUGGAUGAGUUGAACACUGAUGAGUUAAGUGACUCGUUUUUGGUCCAUUUGAGGAACUGUGCGAAGAUUUAUGUUGGUUUAAAUUCGUGUGAGGAGUUCCACUUGAGUCUUUUGUACGUCUACGACAUGCAUAUGGAGUUGAGCUAUGCUAAAGCCAUUCUCAACUCGCGAUUACCCUUGAUAGACCCUUCGGCGAAGAAGGCUUUAAAAAAGAAAUACAAUGUUGAGAGUGUUGGUAAUUUCGAGGAUUUAAGGGAUAGUUUUGUUAAAGUGAACGAAGUUUAUAGUGGGAAUACCAAAACUUUGCAUUCGCAUUACAAACCCGUCGUCGACAUGAUUAAAACUUUAAAUAUCAAAAACGAGCAACUUGGAAAUUACGUCGCUGUGAGACCCAAGGAAGUGUUAUACGACGAAGUCGUCAAGGUGGUAAAUCACGGCUUUUCCACGAUUUUAUCGUGUCGAUACGUCGACGGGAUUAUUCAGAGUCUGGAUUCUGCGGUCAAGGAUUUAAUCAGAGGCGAGUCUAGCACAGACUCGGAGCGAAUUUUAAAACAGUACGAGUCCUCGGUUUCGAGUUAUACUAAUCUGAUCAACGAGUGGUCGAAAUAUGGGCCGUCUUAUCCCGACGUCAUCGAGCCUCUUUUGAGUAACGUGAGCGAGUUUUUGUACGGUCUCAAAUCCAAUUUGGAACUGGUAAAAAAACUUUUGUUGAGGCACGAAUGCCGAAGGUUUGGGUUUGACAUGCAAGAGGAACUCGGGAGUUUGAUUGGGAUGCCUUGUCUUGACCGCCGACAUAUUCGCUAUGAAUCGCUAAUUGAAAGCUACUCCAAGCCACAAGUUCUUAAGUUCAUCGAUUAUGCACUAGGGAGUGAGGAAAAGACGAAUCUUAAGAAGGAAAAAUUGAGACUCCUGAAGUGCGGCAUCCAAGAAACAUUUAAUAAUUGUAUCCUCGACGUAAACUCGACAGGAAUAUUAAAUUUCUCACAUUUCGAAAAUUUUAUAAAAGCCUUUGUAGACGCGUGGAAUGAGCAAGAGAAAAAUCGCGAGAUAGCGGAGACAGAAGCCACCGCUUUGUACAAAACCAGGACGAAAUGUGACGAUAAGCCCGAAACUGAACAAAUCGAAGACGAACUCAGAGAAUUAUUCCCAAAUUACCACGACCAGGAUUUCGCAGACAUGCGAAAAGUUGCUAAUUUAGACGACGAAAUUAAAUCGGUUGAAAAAAAACCCUCCGAUGUUAUUUCAGAUAACGAUAUUAAAUUCGUUGUUGACUUGCACGUGAGUCUUGUGCAGAACUUUACAAAAACAGAGUGGUUGAAUCCGGAGAAAGAUAAAACUGUGGUUGUGAAUUUCCUAAAUCCCUUGAUUGAAAAACACAAAUUGUUUAAACAAAUUUGUGGGAAAGUUUUACCGGCGUUGGACUACCGGUUGGAUAAGGAUUUAGUGGAAAGUAUGAGCGUCUUGCUCAGCUUCGUGCAGAAUUACGGAGAUACAAAUAAUUUAGUCGAACCUGCUUCUCCUGUGAAAAUCUUACAAGCAAAACGUUUCGAUUUUUACAAAGACUCAAAUAUCGAAGAAGUGAAGUCUUCGUUUCACAUUUUGGAGGAGCUUCGUCUGCGUACCAAGACCCUCCUCGCCGAAUGGCCCGACCACCCAACCCUGAAAUCGAUUAUGACCAUCAUUGAGCGUGUCUACAGUUUCGACCUAACCAGUCCCUUAUCUCGCUUUUUGACAGGUUUCGAGAUUUUAUUAAGCAAAUGCAAUGAAUGGGAAGAAGUUGCUCAUUCGGGUGUCAGCCUGAGCGAAAACGCUCAAAAUAUAACGCACCAAAUAAUCGCGUGGAGAAAAAUGGAAUUAAAUGUUUGGAAGGAUUUAUUGAAUAGUACAUUCACCCGAAUGAACGGCCCUACAUACAAAUGGUGGCUUUACUUGUACAACAUAAUGGAGCAAUUUGAGGAAAAAUAUACCGAGAUUGAGUUAAUCGAAGCACUUCAGAAUUAUGUCACGAAGUCAAAUUUGGCCGAAUUCCAGACCAGAUUGAAUCUAUUACAUGCGUUCCACUGUCAUGCUGUACAUCGAAAGCGCACGGAGAAAUCACACAGAUUUGUCAGCAUUUUGUGGAAUGUUUACAAUUAUUUCCUGCAAUUCGCCCAAAUUGUGAGUAACAAAAUUAAGGAUUUGAGGGCUCCCAUUGAGAAGAAAUUGAAAGAUUAUGUCAAGAUCGUGAGAUGGAAGGAUGUUAAUUAUUGGGCCAUCAAAGAAACAGUCGAUAAGUCGCAUAAAACCCUCCACAAAUACGUCAGGGAAUUUCAGGACGUCUUAAAUCAGCCGGUGUCGCCAUACCUGGUCAAUACAAGCAAUUCCAGCAAAAUUGAAAAUGUCGGUAUUUGGGACAGACCGCAGAGGAAUGUCGUCAAGACUUACCACUACACAUUAGACGCGACAACUUACGUAGCAAAAGAAUCUUUGAAAAAGAAAUUAAGCCCAAAAAGUUCAAAGUACCAUCAAAAACUUUCAAACAAAAUAGACUCAUAUUUUACCGAAGCACGCAAGUUGUGUAAAGAUUCGAUUUCAGCGAUGAAAUAUCCCAAGAUGAUACAAACUUUGGACGAUUUAGUGACGCAAAUAAUUGAAACGAGCACGCAUCUACAAAACUUGGAGGUUGACACGACUCUGGAUAAAGACAAGCAAAAAUCCACAGCCAAAAGCAUUUUAAAUCAGAAACAUCGAGCGUUGGCCGACUUGUUCAAAGUUUUGAGCCAAAUGGGACUCUCGUUCAGGGCCGGAUUAGUCGAAGCCAAGUCAAAAUUGGCCGCGGAGGACUUUCUGUUGAAACCAGUCGACUUAAGUGCCAACUUUAGCCACAUUAAUUACAAGCGUCAAGAUGAGAAAAUUUUGACUAUGUGGGACAACUGCGAAAUGUAUUAUUUAAAGUCUCUAAUGAGGGCCGACGUGCUGGAUACAGCCCUUAAGACCCCGGCUCAAGAUUUAGGCCAACAAAAUAUCGCCCGGUGUAGAGGGUUUACAUCAAAUCUCCUGUUUCUGGCCCAAAAACACAAGUCACAGUUGACUCAAAGUAGCAAUUUGUUCUACUAUUUGAGACACUACACGAACCAAAUAACCAAAAUGUGCGACAGCAAGGAGUUUCUCACACUUGAAACAGUAUCAAACAUUCAAAUAACAAUGAAAAAUAUUCAGAUUGUGCUAAAUCAAACUAAAAUCUUUUUAAAUUCCUGUCCUGAGGAGGAUUUCACCGAUUCUGAAACUCGGAUUGUGAUUCUUAAACCGGAACCCGAAUUUAUCCAGUAUAAAAAUGACCAAUUGUGGAACAAAUGCAAUAACUUAAUAAGCGAAACGUUGAAUAUCGCCAAUAAAAUUUGUAUUGAUUUGGAGAAAAGCAAAGGGGAAGUGCCCCACACUGACUUACAACUGUUUAAAUUAAAUUUCAUUCCAAUAUCUGAUUCAAGUUCAAUUCAAAAUAAAUUGGAUAAUAUUAAAACAAAUAUAGGGGAAGUUGUUCGAAUUUUUGGAAAGACGAAAUUGAGUCAGAGUUUGUCUUGGAUUGUUGGCGAAGUUGAGACUUUGAGAUUGACCAUUGAGGACAAAUUAAAUGGUGAUUUUAACAUCGGAAACUCUUUGAAACAAAUUGAAAAACUGACUGAUGCUUUGUGUGAGAAAAUUUCGCAAGUUGUUAACAUCCUUCAUAAAAAAUAUUCCGAUUUGAGUCAAGAACAAGAGGAAAGUCGUAUUGAAGAUGAACAUUUGAGAGUUUUAAUCAUCGAAAAUCUCGACAGUGAUUUCAAGGAUUUGCGUAUUCAAGAAAUAUUGGAUUUGUGUCACGAAAUCGCCCGACACUUUUUCACUAUUCCUCCGAGUUUUUUGGAAGAACCGAAAAAUUUAAUUUCUUGCGUUUUGCCUCUCUUGGAACAAAUCAGUCUCUACCAUCAGUAUUUCUUAACUCAACAAGUCUCAGCUUAUAGAGUCAUUAAUAAAAUGAAUUCGGUUCUCUUGAAUAUUUUUAUCGACUUGGCAUCUAGAGGUUUUUGUGUUCCACCUGAACUAACCGACGAUUCUGAAGAAGGUGUUUCUAAACCUUCUGAUGGUCUUGGUUUGGGUGAAGGUCAAGGCGAGAAAGACGUUUCUGAUAAAAUCGAAUCUGAAGAUCAGUUAGAUGAUGCACAACCUGCUGGACAAGAAAAACAAAAAGAUGAAGAUCCUGAUUGUAAAGAAGAAGAUAAAGGAAUUGACAUGAGCGAAGAUUUUGAUAGUAAAUUGCAAGAUAUCGAACCGAAAGACGAUGAAGAUGAAGAUAAGGAAGAUAAUGAAUCAGAUGCUGACGAACAAAUGGGUGAAACCGAGAAAGAUGCAAAUAGACAAGAUAAGGAAACUUAUGGGUCGGAUAAUGAAGAAGAAAACGUUGAAAGUGAAGAUAAAGAAGAACGGGGCGAAGGAGGUGAAAAAGAUGGUGACAAAGAAUUGGGGGCGAAGGAGAAUGAUAAGAAAAGUGAAGAUAAGCCUGAUAAAGAUUCGGUAAAUGAAAAGGAAGAGAAGAAAAAGGAGAUUAAUGAAAUGGAGGAACCGGAAUAUGACGAUGAACAGACUGAUCCUUAUCAUGGGAACCAACCGGAAUUGCCGGAACCGGAACCUAUGGAUUUACCCGAUGAUCUUCAAUUAGAUGAAGGUCAAGAACCAGAUGAGAAUAAAGAUGAAGAAAAUCCAUUUGAUAUUGAUGCAAUGAAGGAAGACAAUCCGUUCGAGGGUAAGGAAAAAGAAGAGCAAGAUGAGAAUGAAAAUGAAGAUAAUCCUGAGAAUGAGUAUAGUAGUGAUGAUGAAGAAAUUACUAAAAAUGAGAAUGAGGAAGAUCGCAGAGAUCAAGAUCCGAAGGAAGAAGACGGAAUUAAGGAGAAAGUUGAGGAACCAGAAGACGAAGCGGAAGAAAAUAGUCAAGUUGAAGAAUCCGGUUUCGAUCAGACUCAGACGAAUGAAGAUAACGUUGAAGCAAUGGAUGUUGAUAAAUCUGAAGCGACUGAUAAAGUAACGUCCAAUCAGACCGAAAAUCAAAAAUCCAACCAACCAAUAGACGAGUUGUGCCAAGAAGACAAACCCGAUAAAGAAGGAGUCGGCCAAUCACAAAUGGAGGAAAGUUCAACAGGGCAUUCGGCCCAAACCACCAAUCCUCAAGAAAUGCAAUCUUCGAAGAGACAAAGAGAUGAAGAUUUGAAAAAGCAACAAAAACCGGGCGAUUCAGACGCACAGAGAAGUCUAGGGGAUGUGAAUGAACCAGUGAAGAAGAAAUUGAAGACGAUUGAUUCGAAAGAUGAUAAUGAGAGUGAAGGUGAAGAAGCUGGAGACAGGGAUGAAGAAGCUGAAAUGUAUAAACAUAUUAAAGAAGCGAAAGAGUCGUCGACUCAAGUUUUGGACGUUGCGACGAAAGAACAAGCAGAGGAUCAGAAAUAUGAUGUUCCGCAAACUGAAGAAGAGAAAGGGGAAGAACCAGAAGAAUCAUCGGAGAAUCUACGUCCUGAAGAAGAGGAAAAGGUGGAAAAUGUGGAUACUUCGGUACAAAAACCGGAAAAGACCGAGUCGAAGAAGAAGAAAACUGAUAAGAAACAACAUCCAAAAGGUGAUAUUCUUGAUGAAGUGCAAGACAUCGAAAUUGAGGGAGAAGUUGUUGAAACGAUGGGAGUUGCCCGCGGAGCGGACACAACUUACCACACUUUAUACGACGAACUUGGGAAUAAAACAUUUUCGAGACUGACUCAAGCGGAAAUGAACUCAUUACGCCACGAAGUAGAAAAACAAUUAUCCGCAUGGACUGACGUUCCUUCCGACAUUGAAGCCGACCAAGCUUGGCAAAAAAUCUCCUCAGUUAUGUCAUCUCUAGCCCAAGACUUGUCAGAGCAACUCCGCCUAGUCUUAGAACCGACACAAGCAAGUCGAUUGAAGGGCGAUUUCAGGACCGGCCGUCGCAUAAACAUGCGAAAAGUCAUUCCUUACAUUGCUUCACAAUUCCGAAAAGACAAAAUUUGGUUGAGACGCACUAAACCGUCAAAACGGGAGUACCAAAUAGUCUUGGCCAUCGAUGAUUCGUCCUCCAUGGCUGAUAACCACUCCAAAGAGUUGGCUUUCGAAAGCGUGGCUUUAAUUUCAAAAGCCCUGACUCUUCUCGAGAGUGGCCAAUUAUCGGUUGUUAGUUUUGGCGAAAAUACCGAAAUUUUGCACAAACUAACUGAUCAGUUUACUGAUAAGAGUGGAGUUAAGCUGUUGCAGAAAUUCAAGUUUGAUCAAAACAAAACAUGCGUGGGGAAACUGGUGGAUUUCGUUAGUGAAAUGUUUGCACAAUCGCAGAUGCACUCGUCGGCGCUGAUUGCCAAGCUUUUGGUCAUAGUGAGUGACGGAAGAGGAGUGUUUUCCGAGGGCGAAAGCGUGGUAAGACAAGCUGUGAGGAGGGCGAAACUAGCGAAUAUCUUCAUGGUGUUUGUCAUUAUUGACAAUCCGGAAAAUAAGAACUCGAUUUUGGACAUUCGGAUGCCGACAUUUAAAGACGGAAAGUUGUUGGGAAUCCAGAAUUACAUGGAUGUGUUUCCAUUUUCGUUUUAUAUCAUUUUGCGAGAUAUUAACUCGCUGCCAAAUGUGUUAAGUGACGCUUUGAGACAAUGGUUCGAAGUAGUGUCUAAUUUAGAUAAGCAGUAAUUUUUUACAAUGUCAAAUGUAUUAUAGCCUUUAAUGUUGUUUUGGAAAUAAUAAAUAAUUGGAAAACCGCUUUUGAUUUA